UUAUUGAUAAUUCAACAAAAUAUUAUCUUUUUGACUUAAACGUUCCGAGUUUCAGAAUUCAGACUUUAGUCACUAUUUAUUAAUUUGACUUCUUUCUUUACGUGUCCUAGACGCGUAUUAAUUAAAGUCUUAAGUUUUAAAAAAAUUCAUUGUUAUGUCUAAAGAUAAGUGUCAAGAAGGAAGGGAAUGUAUGGAGAAAGCAAGCAAAUAUCUCAAGACAUCUUUAUUGAAAUGGGUACCUGAUUAUGACAGUGCAGCUGAUGAAUAUUCAAAAGCGGGUAUUUUAUGUAGGAAUUAAAGUAAGUUGUUUGCGUUUCAUAGCUGUUUGCUUCAGAGUUGGAAAAUCUUAUAAAGAAAGUAAAGAGUGUCUGUUGAAAGCAUCUCAAAACUACAUAAAAAAUGGAUCACUUUUUCAUGCUGCUAAAUCUUUGGAUCAGGCAUUGAUUUUAUCAAAAGAGAUUGGAGAUUUAAGUGAUGUUCCCGAUAUGGCAUUGAAAGCAAGUUAUUACUAUCAACAACACGGAUCAUCUGGAAGUGCAUCUUUGUUGUUGAACAAAGCUGCCGAUAUGGUAAAACAGACCAAUCCAGAAGCUGCCGUUAAGUUGUAUAAAGAAGCAGCUAUUGUAGCUUCGAACGAAGAUUCAACCGGUCAAGCAAUGGAAUAUACACAUAAAGCAGCUCGAUUAUUAGUCAAGAUGGAUAAAUAUGAAGAAGCUGAAGAGGAAUUAAGACGUCAGUUUGGUUAUAUGCAUGAGGGUGGGUCUCCGACAAGUAUGGGUAGAGUAACUGUGGAACUGUUUUUAUUGCAAUUGGCCAAAGAUGAUCUAGUGGCUGCUAGAAAAGUGCUUAAUCAGUAUGGAUCAGAAUAUUGUGAACAACCCGAGAUCUGUUUACUUGAUAAUAUAUUAACUGCGUACUCAGAACGGGAUGCUAAAAAUAUCAAUACUACAUUGGGCAAUGCAUUUAUAAAACACAUGGAUGUUGAGUUUGGUAUUCUUGCGAAGAAAUUAGCCAGUAAAUGGACUGAGGAACCCGUAAAUAGCAUUGCGGCUCAAAAUCCGCAUGGAGCAGAUGAAGAUACAGAAAAACCACAAACGGAUUUUGGUGGAGGACUUUGCUAAAAAUUGUUUUGAGUAACUUAAAUAAUCAAAUCUAAAUUAUUAAUAAAUUGCUAGCUGCACAAUAGGAACUACUUUUUCUAAUUUUUCAGGAGGGUUGAAAACUAAAUCAAUAACAUGACCCAUUUCUGUAGUAAACACUAAUUUCUGAGUAUUAGUUUUAGUUGUUUGGAUCAUCAGAUUUGUCCCUUUCUAUAGUAAACAAUGCAUUUGCGUUUGCUUAGAACAGCAAGAUGAUCACAGCAAAUUGAUAAUAGGGAACUAGUCUCCUUAUUGUAGUUAGCAACUUAAAUAUUCUACAAUCUUUUGUAAAUUUUUUCUUUUAGUAAUCGAGUAAUAACAAAAAUUAUUGUAUAAUAAUUAUAAAUACUUUCCAUAGUUUUAUUUACUAUCAUUUUUGUGACGAGAUGUUUUCUGUUAUGUCAACAGUAUUGGAAUAAUCAAAAAUAAAAUUGGUUUUUGAUAAAUGUAUUAAAUGUCACAUGUUGAUAAUUAUAAUUUUUUGUUACAAGAUUAAAAUUUUACUGUAUUACAAUUUAUAUUUAAAUAUAUGUAUUCCACGCCUAUGUAUUCCGGCCUUUUUAGUGUUGAACUUUAAUAUUAUUCAAUCUGGGUAAUUUAUAUUUAAUUUAAUUGAGUUUUUAGGUAUUAAUCCAAAAUAUUGUGUUUUCCCCAAAAUAUAAUUUUUGUUUACAGAUUCAUUUUGAGUUAUAAUCAUUGUUCUAAACAUUUAUUUUCUUAACGCUUUAGUUAAAUUUCUUUACUAUUUGAUAAAAUUGAAAGCUAUUCACGUAAAAUAACGAUCAGUAAAGUAACAUGAAUAAAUCUUUUAAUCUUA